AUGAGCCCUCCUCAAAAGGCUUGUUAUCUAAGUCAUUAUUCUAUCUAUAAACUGAUUGUUGAUAAGGGAUAUAAUAGCGUCUUAAUUUUAGAAGAUGAUGCUGAUUUUGAACUUAACAUUACUGCUAUUAUGACUGAUAUUCAUCGUGACUUACCCGAUUCUUGGGAAACGUUAUACGUAGGCCAUUGCUAUGAAUAUAUCGGUGAACAAGUCGGAAAAAAUUCUUCUGUCCAUAGAUUAUAUAAGUCUGUGUUUCCAAUGUGCACGCAUGCUUAUGCUGUUUCGUAUUCUGGCGCUCGCAAGCUAGUAGAACUACUUGAUCCUAUGACUCCACGUGGAACGGUUGAUUAUUCUCUUGCGGUAGUAAUUAGUGAAGGGAACAUCUCUUCAUAUAGUGUUCAUCCACAACCUAUUGUGCAAUGGAAAGCUGAUGACAAUCCAGCCGAUAUCCCUGAUUCUCUUCGACUAGAAUUUA